UCCCACGUGUGACGCUUGCAUUCCCGGCUCAGUAACAUUCUCUUAGCGGGGCUACGGGUAGCGUUCGCUCUGACAGUGUGUGUGUGUUAGUUACUGGCCAUAGUUGGGUUAGCAAUGGAGGGAGACGGGAGCCAAGCCACAUCUGGAAGCCCUAGCGAUUCGCAACACGACCCGGGUAAAAUGUUUAUCGGUGGCCUCAGCUGGCAAACUUCACCAGACAGCCUUAGAGACUAUUUUAGUAAAUUUGGAGAAAUCAGAGAAUGUAUGGUGAUGAGGGAUCCCACGACUAAACGCUCCAGGGGAUUUGGCUUCGUUACGUUUGCGGAUGCGGCCAGUGUAGAUAAGGUCUUAGCUCAACCUCACCACGAAUUAGACUCAAAGACGAUUGAUCCUAAAGUUGCCUUUCCAAGACGCGCUCAACCCAAGAUGGUCACAAGAACAAAGAAAAUAUUUGUAGGCGGAUUAUCAGCUAACACAGUUGUUGAAGAUGUGAAGCAGUAUUUUGAACAGUUUGGCAAGGUAGAAGAUGCCAUGCUUAUGUUUGAUAAAACUACAAAUAGACAUAGAGGAUUCGGCUUUGUAACUUUCGAGAAUGAAGACGUGGUGGAAAAGGUCUGCGAGAUUCAUUUUCACGAAAUCAAUAAUAAAAUGGUAGAAUGUAAGAAGGCCCAGCCGAAGGAAGUGAUGUUUCCUCCAGGGACACGGGGGAGAGCCAGAGGGCUGCCCUACACCAUGGACGCCUUCAUGCUGGGAAUGGGCAUGCUGAGUUAUCCAAACAUUGUAGCAACGUAUGGCCGUGGAUACACUGGUUUCGCCCCAAGUUACAGCUACCAAUUCCCUGGCUUUCAGGCAACAGCGUACGGUCCUGCAGCAGCAGCAGCAGUGGCGGCAGCGCGUGGCUCAGGUAGGGGGGCCCGUGGAAGAGGCGGCUACGCAGCAUACCCUCAGAGCACAGGGCCAGGCUUCCCCGAUUACGGUUUCUAUUCCUCACCAAGUGACCAACGGGGGCCCCCCUUCUCCUUUGCGGACUAUGGCUCCCUGGGCCCCCAGGCGGCUCAGCUGCUGCAAAGCGAGCAUGCCACAUCAGCCUGCAACUCCCCUCUCCAGCACCUGGCCAGCCCGGAUCAGUAUAAGAGCCCAGGCACCAACCCGCCCCGGCCUGGAGCCUUUCCUGGAGCCAGCAGCCCCGGACCAGUGGCUGACCUGUAUGGCCCCACCAGCCAGGACUCCGGCGUAGGCAACUACAUUAGCGCUGCUAGUCCCCAGCCCGGCUCCGGCUUCGGACACAGCAUUGCUGGUCCUUUGAUUGCGACAGCUUUUACAAAUGGAUACCAUUGAAACCUAACAGGUGGUUGGUUGCCAUCUCAUUUGAGCAGAGCUUAUCAGGAGGCCCAGGGAAGACUGGCCGGAGUUUCUAAUUGGUUCUGUGUACAGGUAAAGGCCAUUCAACUUCAAGCACUACAGCACAGAACCGCACUCUAAAGCUGAGAUGGCACCACACGAAGAUCAAAUGAAACGUCACAAUCAUCUCAGAACGAAACCCCCCAGAAAACAACAAAAACAAUCUGCUGUACUAUACUGACAACCUGGCUUUUGAAUAAUUUAUCCUAGUGUAGCCCCUCAACUUGAAUAGGAUUUUAAUAGUAUUUUUUCCUUUAUUGUUUCUUUCUCUCAUUAGAAGAGUUUCUUAGUGAUCUUUUAUUGAGCACAUGUUGAAUCAACCAUCAACAUUUAUUUGAGUUCUAAAGAUUUUCUUCAUUGUUCUUGAAUGUUCUCUGACGAGAGCGACUAUGUAAACAUGCAUUUUGUCUUUUUGUUUCUUUUUCUUUUUGUUGUAUGUAUUGUUUUUUGAGGUAGUAAUAUUCCAAUAGCGUUUUCAUUUCACAGCCCUCGUCUAUCACAUUUCAAGGUUUUAUUUAACACAAGCAAGAAAAUUUAUUGAAAUGACUCUGCUUGAAAAGGUGACAUUUUUAAUCCAAGCCUAUAAAACCGCAAUGAGUGGGUAACUCAAAAAAAUCUUAGUAGCUCUGUUAUAUGUUUAUUGUGAUGUCUUGUUAACCAUGAUUACCUAUUUUGGGCAAUAAGAGGACUACAAUAUUUUCACAGUCCUUUUUUAUAAAUGUCAUUUUUGUUCUCGAUAAAAAAAAGAAAAAAGCUUUCCUUUUAAUACUUUGUGAAAUUAGAUUUAAAAAGAAAAUAAUUCUGAAACUGUAAAUAUUCUGUUCACUGCAUCAAACUGUUUCUGAAAGAGAACCAUAUUUUUGUGACGGUGUCAUAGAGGUUGUAUUGUGCGCAAGCCGAAAUAUGUCUAUUGAGGCUCAGUGCUGUAACUGAGGUCCAUCUGUAGCACAAAAGCCGUGAUUUACCCCAGUACGGACGAAAAAACCCAAUCAAACACUGUUAGCUCGCUUUGUAAAUACUGUUGGCUUUACAACCGUGCAGGUGUCAUACCAGCAUAUGGAUUUAGAUAGUAAGUUAAGAUGUGCACAGCUUACAAAGAGAAUAUACUAUACAAGGUGAAAAUAAAUGACAAAAUCAUGACAAAAUCCAAAGCACACAUUUAUUUUUGGUCUUUUUCGACAAGCCUGAUUUUAAAAACCGUGUCGAGACAUUUCACAUUAUUAAUGUUUGGGUUUGUGUUUUAGUAUUUCUUUCGAAUAAUGUAUGCUUUUUUUCCAGUAGAAGUGUCCAUGUGUCGAGAUUUUUACACAGAAUGCCUGGAUUCGGAACAACAAAGGCAAUAUUUCAAAUUUUUGAUAUUGCUACAAUUAGGAAAGCAAAUAUUUUAUACCAUUUACCUCAGUCCUGUGAGAAUUACUUCAAAAGAGAUUACAAAUUAAUUUAUUUUAGGCUAAUACAGAUACAGAUAUUAGAAAAAAAAAAAAAUGAAAGCAUUGUUUUGAAAUUCAUUGCACUGUGAGAGAGAAUUUAUCAUUUUCUAUUUGCACAUGUUAACUGACGGUCUCUACCAUGGGUCAUGUGAAGGAAUGGUGUGGAAACCAUUUGGUUUUGUUCCACACAGGAUAUAAAAACUUAUGAAUCUUAAGUCUUGAAUAAUCUCUUUCCAGGGAUUUUAUUAUAUAGAUAGUUUGCCAAUAUAAGAGAUAACAGAUGAUUUUAUUUGUAGCAAUAGUUCAUUUCCUCAGAAACACUGAAACUGAUUGAAACCAGUGGCUGCUACACACAUUUGUUGUACAUGUGGGGGACUGGAUUUGAUGAGACACAAAUGGCAUUUAGAAAUAUGAAUAUUUACAAAUAUGAAUUAACUGAUGUAUGCUGUUAUUCAAUCUUGCUGAAUUAUUUUUAUUUUUGUUUAUUUAAUGCUCUUUAUUUUUUCAUUUCACUUAACUAACAGGUGAGGCCGAAUGUUGGAUUCUUGAUAAAGUAAAAAAAAAAAAAAAAGCAAGGAGAACUUUGUGCUAACUGUUUGAGCUGUUUUAAAAAGACAAACUUACAACAACAACAAAAAGAAAGAAAGAAAACAAUCCCGAACACGUUUUGAAUUUAAAUAGGGUUGGAUUUUUAUCAAUAUUUUUGUGGAUGUUGAUUAUACUAAAUAUAACAAUGACAAUAAUACAGAUAUUAUGUACUGUAUUUAUCAAUUGUUUAUCUCUUCAUUCCCUGUCGCCUCAUUCAGUAAUCUUAUGUUGAUCAUUGUAUUUUAGUAGUGUAAAAAAAAAAAAAAAAAAAAAAAAAAAAAGGAGGCAUAUGAAUUUACCUUGUAAAAGAGUGCUGUCUUGAUGCCAGUGUAGUGGUCUAUACACUUCUUGGUUGGUAUUUUUCUCAUCUCCCCAUCUCACUCUCCUUUUGUCUUUUUGCCCUUUCUCUCUAUAUCUCUGUCUCACUCUCUCUUUAGUGAAUAGUUGUAGGUGUUAUGUACUUAAUGUUAAGAUGUAGAGGUAUUCAUUAGCAAUUGUAGGACCAGUAAGGAUAGAAAUUUCUCUUUAUAAUCAUUUACAGUCAAAAGACAAAAAAUGCUGAACGUUAUUUUCAUAGUAAUUUUUCUUUGUUUUUGUUUUUCUUUUCUUUUUCUCUCUCCUUUUUUGUUCCACUGUUUUGCUGGUCUCACAUGGUUUCAACUAACCAAAGCUCUCACUGAUGAAAUUUAUAGGAGAAAAGAAAUUGCUGUGCGACAGAAUUGUAAUCAAGGCAUUAAUUGGAUCCCCACCCUUGAAUGUUUUAAAAGGGGUGUGCCAUACUACCUUAAAUGCUAAAGCUAGAUAUGCAAAACCGUUUUGUUUUCAAUUCUUUUUUAGGAGGGACGCUAGGUAUAAAAUAUGAUGAUUUUAUUACAUGAAUGACAAAUUCAAAUUUUUUAGUAAGUUCUUACAAAGUAAUCAUGAUGUAGCCAAAUAAUUAUAGAUAUGGAUAAAACUGUAAUAGGUUUUGAUGUUUGUACUUUAUAAAAAAAUAUCCCAGUCGCCUAUGGCGCUACUACUUUUAAAUUUGUCUGCUUAGAUUAAUACAUCAUUUAGUUUUUAGUCAUCUGGAACACUAAUACUAUAUGAUUGUUUUUGUACUCUUUAAUCGCAUUUCCAGCUUUUCAUUUUAAUUCAGCAGCAGUAGAUUCAGCUCUAGUACAUUGUCUGCCCUGAUGUUACACUAAUUUACUUGACUUUAAUGUAAAUGCAGUGUCAUACCCACUCAGAACACACUGAAUCCGUAUUCCUGAAUCACAUCAGUUCUCAGGGAUAUCAAACGUGAGCUAUGUACCACCUUCAUAAGGGAGAUUUUAUUAUUAUCAGAUCUGCAGUACAGUGCAGCACAAAUUUUGAUGAAAGAUAUGACUAUGACUAAUGAAGUACAUGUGAGCUAAAUGUCCAGGUGGUUAGUUGUACUUUGAUGUGUCUUUCUUGAAAAGUUUAGUUGCAUUUAGAUACAUAAUGACAGUUGAAUUACUCUGCAUCCUUUAGCUGGUAAACACUAGAUCUAUUUCUCUCCCUAGAGUCAGAUGAUCCACAAAUAAACACCUUGAGGGCGAAUGUUUAACCUCAGAUGAAGCACAUGUUUCCUUCUGCUCUGGAUCAAAUAAGAGCUUGACUUUGGCUCUUGAUUAAAAUGAAGGCUGGCAACCAAGACUUUUCCAUCCGUAUCAGUUAGCUUAUUUAUUUUUGAUUUCUCGUAAUUUGAUCUUGUAGCUUGGACUUUAAGGUAGCAUGGCUCUGUUGCCACCAUUUAUUUUUUUCAUGGACAGCAGUUUACAGCAGAUGAAUGUUACACAUCUUGCUAGACUAGUUAAAUCAUUGGAUAAUUGUUAGUUUGAGAAAAAGAAAAAAAGAAAAUGACCUGGAAGGUGUCGGGUGAUUUCUGGAGUGUACUACCGUAUCCAUUUAAACUUGAAUUUUGCGGCAAGUGCUAGGCAAUGGCCAAAACGAUCAUCCCACUAUUAAAGCAACAAAACGUUACACACACACAUACUGUAAUGUCUAAUGUACAGUAUACUUGUAUGCAUAUACAAGAUAUAUAUGUAUAGUGUAUAUAUCUCUUUGUUAAAUUGUUUAAACUUCCUUAUGAAUCAUUUUAGGAGAACUGAACAAGAGCGUAAAGCUCCGUACGCUAGUCCACACUGUUUGUUAUAUCAUUUGGUGUCACUUCGUUGUUUGUUGUGUAAGAAACCAAUUUAACAGGAGGCGUGUUAGUAAUUUAGCUGCAAAAUGUUGUUUUGAACAAAAUUUGUUGUGUAAAUCUUACGAGGAGGUAUAGCUCAAUGGGGAUGGUCUUUUGUCUGACACUUUCUUUGGCAACUUGGUCUCCCGUGUUCUCCUGAGGCUUUUCGGCCUUGCUGAUUGCCUUGCCCAUUCCUAACACUUGCCCAUUUUUUAACGUUAACAAACUUCUUACUGCGAGAACUGACUGAACGGACUUGACGUCUGAAAGCAUCUUUCAGGUCUUCUUGUAUGGCUUGCUCAAGCCCUGUUGUAAAAUAAACUAAAGUGGAUGGGGGUCUCUCACAUCUCAGAUGUGGAAAGUAUAAUUUUAUAUUUGUAUUUUCAAAUAAUUAUGAUAAUAUUAAUAAAAAAUGUUUGUGAAAGGUUUCCAUCCUCUACUGUGGUCCAGAAAUCAAUGUUGUUUGUCUGGAAAGAUUAAAAAAAAAAAUGAAAUAAAAUAAAAUAAAUAAAACAGUUUUGAACCAUUUCA